AUGUGCCCCACACUCCUCAGCCUCCUGAGUCUAGGAUUCUGCGUGAGUCCGAGGAUCUGGGCAGCUGUGGGUGAAUAUGAGAAGCCCUCUUUGUCAGCCUUGCCAAGCCCCGUGGUUCCCUUAGGACAGACUGUGACUCUUCGGUGUCACUCCCGUUCUCCACUUGCCAUAUUCAGUCUGUUCAAAAGAGAUGGGACCAGUUUGACCAAGCUCCAGGAACAUCAACUCAACACCUUCACUCUUGGCCCAGUGACCAGAGAACAUGCCGGGUCCUACACAUGUUCUGCAUUAUACUGGUCUCCCUCUGUGUGGUCCACACACAGUGACCCCCUGAAGAUUGUGGUCACAGGUGUGUUCACAAAACCCGCCAUCUCAGCCCACCCAGGCCCCCUCAUGAAGGCGGGAGGGAAUGUGACCCUUCGCUGUCACUCACCACUGUUGUUUGACAAGUUUAUCCUGCACCAGGAAAUCAGCAUAGGGCAUUUCCAGACACGUGGAGAGACAUUCAUGGGCGGGCAUGCCCCAGCUGACUUCUCCAUUGGCCCCAUGACCUCAGGGAGUGCGGGCACCUACCGAUGCUACGGCUCUCUCAGCCACUCCCCCUAUGAGUGGUCAGCCCCCAGCGACCCCGUGGACAUCGUCAUGACAGGUCUGUCCAAGAAACCCUCUCUCUCAGCCCAGCGGGGCCCCGUGGUGAGGUCAGGAGAGAACGUGACCUUGCUCUGCAGCUCAGAGUGCGCCUUUGACCAGUUCCAUCUGCUCAGGGAGGGGGAGAACCUUGGGUGCCCGCUCGCUGGAGGGCGGGGCCCCCGCGGAGCACUCCAGGCCGAGUUCCCUCUGGGUCCUGGGACCCCAGCCCACAGCGGGGUCUACAGGUGCUACGGCUCCUUCAGUCACUCUCCCUACAUGUGGUCAGACCCCAGCGACCCCCUGCUCCUGUCUGUCACAGGAAACUCUUCAAGUAGUCAGCCGCUACAGACAAAGCCAAACUCCAGCAGUAGUAACCCCAGGCACCUGCACGCUCUGGUUGGACCCUCCCUGGCCUUCGUAUUCCUUGUCAGCCUUAUCUCCUUCCUUGCCCAUCACUGGUGCCGUGAUGCUAAGGAUGCUGCUAUAAUGAACAGCCAGCCUGAGGUGGGCAGAAGAGUGAAUCGGGAGGAUCCUGACACAGAGGAACUGAAUGAGGUGACAUACACCGACUUGGAUUGUUCGGUUUUCACAUGGAAAAACAUUACUCCCACAUCCCAGAGGCCCAGAGAGCCCUCAGCUGAUGCCAGUGUGUACAUGGAUCUUGCAACAUGCUAA